GCUAAAUAAUAAUUAUUUUACUCACAAAUUUCACCAAAACUCCACCCACUCUCUCACCAUCUUCUUCUUCUUCUGCUACUUGCAUUUUCUUCUCAUCUAUCCCCAACAAACAAACACACACACACACAGAAAAAACACACACAGACCAUUUAUAUAUUUUCUUCAUUUCUUGACAUUUUUCACAAAACCCAUCAUUUUUAGCUGCCACUUUGCAUUUCCGCCACUCAAAAUCUUGUAAAGUUUGCUCCUUUUUAGCAUUUCUAGACUCUUUGGUGCAAAAAGAUAAACCCCUUUUCAUUUCUCUAUCUAUCUCCAUCAAAAAUUUACACACAUAUAUAAAUAGUUGUGUGUGUAAUCAUAUAUAAUGUGGGGAAGACUGCAUUUUUAUUGUGUGAUUGGGAAUUUGGGCAGGAUUUGAUGGACCCCAUGUUGUUAGUGUCUUCAAUCUCUUGCAUUUCAUGGAGUUUUUAAGGAUUUUGAGGGCUAAAUGUGUUUAUAUGACAGCUUUUAAGACUAGAGUGAGAUUUAAUUUGUUUUUUGUUCAGAUUUUAUUGAUAUUGGCGUGGUCUGAAUCUAGUUAUGUGAUAUCUCACGUACAUGGACUGCAGCGGCAGAGCCCAGAAAAGGAAACAAAGAGCAUUAUAUCCCAUUCAUGUAUUCAUGAUCAGAUUAUUGAGCAAAGGAAAAGACCAGGAUUCAAGGUUUAUUCUGUGACCCCACAGGUUUACGAGAAGCCUGCUGUUUCUAAACCUAUUCACAAACGAGGAAGGGAAUUGCUUGAAGCUUCCCCCUUUUCAGGUCAGCAAGACGAGGCAAAGCAACCCAUCAGAAUUUAUUUGAAUUAUGAUGCUGUUGGUCAUUCACCUGAUCGGGACUGCCGUAAUGUUGGUGAAGUAGUGAAGCUUGGAGAACCUCUUGCAACUUCUCAUACGGAAACACCUUCGUGCAAUCCUCAUGGCGAUCCUCCUAUCUCUGGUGACUGCUGGUAUAAUUGCACUCUUGCUGAUCUAGCCGGGGAAGACAAAAAAUAUCGUCUUCGUAAGGCUUUAGGGCAGACAGCAGAGUGGUUUAGUAAAGCCUUAGCAGUUGAACGUGUUAGAGGGAAUUUGUUGCUGAGUGGAUAUUCUGCAUGUGGACAAGAUGGUGGUGUACAGCUUCCAAGGGAGUAUGUAGAAGAGGGUGUUGCUGAUGCUGACUUAGUUCUUUUGGUAACCACUAGACCUACAACAGGCAACACCUUAGCCUGGGCAGUGGCAUGUGAGCGUGAUCAAUGGGGUCGUGCCAUUGCAGGUCAUGUGAAUGUUGCUCCUCGCCACUUGACUGCUGAGGCAGAAACCUUACUUUCGGCCACACUUAUACAUGAAGUGAUGCAUGUUCUUGGAUUCGAUCCUCAUGCCUUUGCACAUUUUAGGGAUGAAAGAAAAAGACGGCGUAGCCAAGUUACUGAAUACGCGAUGGAUGAGAAACUUGGACGGAUGGUAACACGUGUGGUGCUUCCUCGUGUUGUCAUGCAUUCACGCUAUCAUUUUGGGACCUUUUCUGCGAAUUUUACUGGUCUAGAAUUAGAAGACGGUGGAGGCCGUGGAACGUCAGGAUCCCAUUGGGAAAAGAGGCUUCUGAUGAACGAGAUAAUGACGGGCUCUGUGGAUACAAGGUCGGUUGUUUCAAGAAUGACACUGGCUCUGCUAGAGGAUAGUGGGUGGUACCAAGCUAAUUAUAAUAUGGCUGACCGGCUUGAUUGGGGACGCAAUCAAGGGACUGACUUUGUUACCUCUCCUUGCAACCUGUGGAAGGGAGCAUAUCAUUGCAACACAACACAAUCAUCUGGAUGUACAUAUAACAGGGAGGCUGAAGGUUACUGCCCAAUUGUAUAUUACAAUGGAGAACUUCCUCACUGGGCUCGUUAUUUUCCACAAGCUAACAAAGGUGGACAAUCGUCUUUGGCCGAUUAUUGCACUUAUUUUGUAGCAUAUUCAGAUGGUUCAUGUACAGAUGUUAACAGUGCAAGGCCACCGGAUAGGAUGUUGGGUGAAGUAAGGGGAAGCAGCUCAAGGUGUAUGGCCUCAUCAUUAGUCCGUGCCGGGUUUGUAAGGGGAUCUAGUGCUCAAGGGAAUGGAUGUUAUCAGCACAGGUGCAGAAACAACUCAUUAGAGAUUGCUGUUGAUGGUUUGUGGAAAGUAUGCCCAGAGGCAGGUGGACCAAUUCAGUUUUCUGGAUUCAAUGGCGAUCUGGUCUGCCCAGCUUAUCACGAACUGUGUAGCACAGAUCCAGUUCCUGUGUCUGGUCAGUGUCCAAAUUCUUGCCAUUUCAACGGAGACUGUGUUCAUGGGAGAUGUCGUUGCUUUCUUGGCUUCAGGGGCCACGAUUGUGGCAAACGUUCUUGCCCAGGCAAUUGUAACGGGCAUGGAAAGUGCCUUGUGGAUGGCAUCUGUGAGUGUGAUAAUGGUCACACUGGAAUUGAUUGCUCUACUGCUGUUUGUGAUGAACAAUGCAGCCUUCAUGGAGGAGUCUGUGAUAAUGGAGUCUGCGAGUUCCGUUGUUCUGACUAUGCUGGUUACACAUGCCGGAAUAGCUCCACUAUUUCCUCCAGUCUGUUAAUAUGUAAAGAUGUGCUAGGGAAAGAUGCAUCUGUUCAACAUUGUGCGCCUGGUGAACUGAGUGUACUUCAGCAACUGGAAGAAGUCGUUGUCAAACCCAACUACCACCGUUUAUUUCCCGGUGGUCCUCGGAAGAUUUUCAAUUACUUCAGAAGCGGGGACUGUGAUGGAGCUGCAAGGCGGCUAGCUUGCUGGAUUUCCAUUCAGAAGUGUGACGGGGAUGGGGAUAAUAGGCUGAGGGUGUGUCACUCGGUCUGCCAAUCAUAUAACAAGGCGUGCGGAGCGACACUUGAUUGUUCAGAUCAAACUCUCUUCAGUAAUGAAAAUGAGGGUGGCGGUCUGUGCACCGGAUAUGGUCAAAUAGAUGAUGGCUUUAGUGUCUUCUGAAGCAACAUCAGGCUAGCAAUAAUUCUGAAGGGAAUUGCUGUAAAUUAUAGCCAGAAUCAGCCCUUGGCUUAUCUAUUCUUAUUUUGCUCUCUUCGAAGGGGCGGGGGAGGAGGGCUGGGCCAGAAGACAGGUUUGCACAAGUACACGUGCAGGUUGAAAUUGAGUAAAGUCCGGGAAUCAACUCAAGAUUCAUAUAGGUGGGAAAAAUAACAACUAGCCUAUCAAAGAUAGAAAGUCAAAUUGUAGAGAGUGGAAUACUAUGGAAAUAGGGAAAAUACAAAACAAGAGGAUAGACUUAAGGAGGGGAGUGAAGAUGAGGUUUAGGCCGAAGGCCUGAACCAAAAGCAGCAAGCUUCAUGUAUCGCUGAAUGUUAAUCUUCACUAUGGUGAGCUUUUAUAUUUUUUGUGGGAGCUCCUUGGGUGAUUUAUUGCAAAUCAAAUUGUAGUUCUGGUA